CUUUAAUUAAUGUGUAAGUAUAGUUAUGUUACUUCUCUUAUGUUCGGUUCUUCAUUUUGCAGUGUACUGAAUAUAUUAUUAUGCAGUGGCUUAAUCAACAGUACUUGCUCCAGAAUCAGAUCUCUAGCUUGAUCAAGAUAUGAACAACCCGGCAGAUGAUGUAUCGGUUGAGAUAAGUAAUACACAAUGGAAUGGUGUAGAGGUGAAAGAAUCUUCAAGUACAAGAAUAAAAAAGUGGCCAGAAGUAAAGGACAUUCUGAAUCCACAUGAUGACGACGAGCCAAAGAUUUUCUUUCCGAUGUGGGAUGUAAUCUUUAUGAUAUCGUGUGCAAUUGCUGUCUUCCUUGAUCCUUUGUACAGUUACAUUCCGGUCGUCGACGAGGACAGGACCUGCUACUUUUGGGAUCAAAAGUUGAUGUGGACAUUUCUGGGCUUAAGAUCUGCUGUAGAUCUUUUUUAUAUGAUGGACAUUAUCAUUUUCUUACAUCGAAUUCAUAGCAUAAAUAUUACUUAUGCUAAGUUUGCUGCCUCCUGGUCCUGGAAAGUAAAGGAUGGUAGAGUCUUAAAUUUGAAGAAAAAGAAAUCACUUAAGGAACGUAUUCGCAAGCGUUUUCCCGUUCUACCUCGCAUUUUCGUUGCUCUUCCAAUCCUACAGGCUGUGGCACUCACCGGAAAAUAUACACAAUAUAAUAAUUUUGACUUGUUUCUGGUCACUCCGGUUCAAUAUAUCAUGCGUGUUUACUACAUCUAUGGAUCGCUCAAGGGAAUUCCGAACAUAGCAACUGAAGUAGGAAGAUUUCUUCAAGCUAUUUUGGAUUUUCUUCCCUUCGUACUUGCUGCUCAUCUAUUUGGCGCAUUGUGGUAUGGUCUUGCUCUUCAACGAGAAGUAGAUUGUUGGACGAGCGACGUUGUGUGUAUGAAUGUUACAGAUCAACAACCGAUAUGUGAUAGUUACACACUAAAUUACUUCUACUGUAGUAAUUACACCGAGGGCAACAAUAAAAUCAUCAAUAUCACGCAUUUAGAGGAAACAUGCAAUAUAGAUGCAAGUCCACCAAUCUUCGACUUUGGCAUUUAUCUUUACGCUCUUCAGUCUAAUAUGACAAGUUCAUCAACAUCUCUUCCACGAAAGAUGUUGCAAUGUUUUUGGUGGGGUUUAAGAAAUAUUAGUUCUUUUGGUUCCAAUCUUCAAACCGGUCCCCAUAUAGUGGAGAUUAUCUUUGCGGUGUUGGUAUAUAACUGGCUUGGUGCUUUUUUUACUAUAUCUCAAUGCAAGAGUUCAGGCUUUAAAAAACAUAUCAGAUCAGCUUAAAAUGAAGAGGAAGGUAAAAAUGAUGAGUCUAGAGGUAGAUUUGUGGUUAUCAAGAAAUAACCUCCCUCGAAAAGAUCUGAAGCGGUUAAAGAAAAUGAUCAUGAAAAAUGUAAAAGAAAAACUUGAAGAAAAAAAAGAUAUCGAUAUGCACAAUGUCCUCAGCAUUCUCCCCAUAGUACAGAAAAGGCGUAUCAUGUGCAUUCUUCGCUUGGCUUCGCUGAAGGAAGUAAGUUGUACUUGAUUUGUCUAUCAACUUCAAAACUACCGAGAGGAUUUCUAUGUACAUCCAAACUUUUCGUAUAUACAUAAAUUAUUUGACUCAUCAGUUAUAUAUUCUUUUCAUAGUUCUAAAGUACUUUGUAUAUGUG